AUGUGUGAAAUGUGGUAUCGGAAUUGGCGUAAUAAUACUGAAUUCGCUCACAUAUUGAAUCGUGUUGAAGAAGAAUCAAAUGGAAUGAUUGUCCACAGUGGCAAUGAAAUUGCUUGUGCUCUUAUUAAUGCUUAUCGUGCUGCUGCUAUAUCUUCAUUUUCAAAUGAUGAUCAAAUUGCUGCUAAGAUGUUAGCGUGUCUUCAUGAAUCAAAUUUACUUCGUACACGUCUUAACAAUGAAAUUCUACAUUGGACGACCAAUGAUGCCUCAAACAUUAUCAAUUUCCUUGUAUUUACAAUUGAUCAAAUUCUAGUAAUCAUCGUCGGUAUGUAG